GGCCCUGCAAAAUCAUCAUCUGCCCCUGGCUAUACAUUCAAGUUUUUUGGAACGUAUCUUGGACUCACAGCAAUGACGGCCUGUACCUCCGUCUGCCCAUCUCUCAUGGCACUAACAAGAAUUAAGAUUGUUGUAGGUUUCAGAUACCAACUGCUUCGCAACGAGAAGAACAGCCUAAUAUAGAAGACAGUAUAUAAAUAAUAAGCUUUCGCUGCGUUCCAAACUGGAACCACGUCAUUCCUCAUUUUACAGCUCUCCGUGCCAGCGUCCAUCUGUCUGUCUGCCUGAAGGUUGCAGCCGUGAGUUUAGAUCCAGAGUGGCGCUGUGUUUCAUUUCAGGCUAUGUGUGACAUUGCCAUCUGGGUCCCCAAGGAGGAGGGAGAGGAGCUAGCAGGAUGGCAGAAGGAACUAAAGAAGAACUCAGUGAGGAACAACUACACAACUUUGAUCUUUCUGGUCGUGCGGCCACCAAACCUGACGUUGCAUCUCUGAUUGAACGUGGGGAAGUUCCACGUGACUGGGAUCAUAAGAACUCGAGAGACAGAAGCCUUUCUAAAGGGGACUCCUCUGCAAAUGAUAGAAUCAUGUGGAAGACUGAAGAGAAUCAUUCACAGGGAAAUUCUGAGGGCUUGGUAAAGCUCAGGAAUUUAUCUCCAAGAGGGGAAGUAUUUAACUCUGUUGAGGGAAAUAUGUGUGAGGGUGAAUAUAGGUCAGCUGGCCAACAUGGGAACGCAGAAGGCGAGAGCAUGGAGAAAUCGAUUCCAAAUGAAAGAGCUUUCAGCAAAGGCCAAAACAUUCCUCUCCACCCAGGCGAGAGACCCCAUAAAUGUACUGUGUGUGACAAAAGCUUCACUCGCCGCGCACAUCUUCUUCAGCACCAGAGAAUCCACACGGGUGAGAGACCCUAUACGUGUACCGAGUGCGAGAAAAGCUUCCGACAGAGAUCAGAGUUGAUUGACCAUCAGCGAACACAUACGCAAGAGAAACCUUACAAAUGCGAGACAUGUGGGAAACGGUUCAUUCGGAGCACGCGGCUAAUUCAGCAUCAAAAUGUCCACACAGGAGUGAAACCCCACAAGUGUCCUCAGUGCGAGAAAAGCUUUAGUUGGAUCUCAUCGGUUAUUAAGCACCAGAGAGUUCACACGGGCGAGAGACCCUAUAAAUGCCCAGAUUGUGAGAGAACCUUCAGUUGGAGCUCCACCCUUAUAAAGCACCGGAGACUUCACACAGGAGAAAGACCCUAUACAUGUCCCACCUGCGCAAAGUGCUUUGUGCAGAGUGCGAAUCUUCUCAAACAUCAGAGGGUGCACACGGAACAGAAACCCUAUGCCUGCGGGGAAUGCGAGGAGACCUUUCUGGUCCGGGCUCAUUUCGUUCUGCACCAGAGAAUGCACACGGGUGAGGAAUUCGACAAGUCCGAUGGCUGCGAGGAGUGGUUUGGUCUUGUCUCAGACCUUCGCAAACAUCAAAAGAAGCCCUAUCAAUGCGCCGAAUGUGACAAAAGCUUCAACAAAAGUUCCAAUCUUAGUAAGCAUCAGAGGAUCCAUACGGGGGAGAGGCCCUAUGAGUGUUCCGACUGUGAGAAAAGUUUCAUUCAGAGCUCUCACCUGAAGCUGCAUGAACGAGUGCACCGGGGAGAAAAACCCUACCAGUGUUCUGACUGUGCGAAAAGUUUCCACCAGAGCUCCCAUCUCAUUCAGCACCAGAGAGUUCACACCCAAGAAAAGCCUUUUAAGUGUCCUGAGUGCGAGAAAAGCUUUAGCCGGAGCUCCGUGCUAAAUAAACACACGAGAAUCCACGCGGGAGAACAGAGCUAUAAGUGCAGCCAGUGUGACGAAACCUUUGCCAGCAGCGCCCGUCUUCUUCGGCACAAGAGAACCCACCACGCGGAAAGACCUUACCAAUGCCCCAGCUGUGAAAAGAGUUUCAGCCGGAGCUCGCAGCUUACGCUCCAUCAGAAAAACCACGCAGCAGAGAAGCCGUACAAGUGCGCCGACUGUGAGAAAAGCUUCGUGUACAGCUCGCAUUUAAUUCAGCAUCAGAGAACUCACACUAGAGAGCGGCCUUACCAGUGUGCGGUGUGCGAGAAAAGUUUCAUUCAGAGCUCGCAUCUCCUUCAGCACCAGAAAAUCCACACGGGAGAGAGGCCCUUUAGAUGCAGCGAUUGUGAGAAAACCUUCAAUCGGAGCUCCAACCUUAUAAAACAUCAGAGAACGCACACCAGGGAGAACCUGUAAGACAGAGGUGGGGGAACCUUUUUUGGGUUGGAAGCCACUGACCCCCACAAAAAUCAGUUGGGGGCCCACACACAAGUGAGAAGCCCCCCUCCAAAAAAAACCCUUGAUGUGGCCUCUGACUGGAGAGACAUUCCCCUCGCACACCAGAGUGUAAUGUAAAGAGAUGCUUCCAUCGGAACAUCAAACUAUUAACUAUCAGGCUGUGUCUACACUGGCAAGUUAUUCCGGAAAAUCAGCCGUUUUUCCGGAAAAACUUGCCAGCUGUCUACACUGGCCACUUGA